UUGUCGCGCUGCCGGCGCUCGCGGGCCACUCUCCGCCGGCGACCGAGCCCCGCGCGCUCCUCUCCUCCGCCGCCCCGUCGAGAUGCUGCGCUGCGGCCUGGCCUGCGAGCGCUGCAGGUGGAUCCUGCCCCUGCUCCUGCUCAGCGCCAUCGCCUUCGACAUCAUCGCGCUGGCCGGCCGCGGCUGGCUGCAGUCGAGCGACCACACGCAGACGUCCUCGCUGUGGUGGCGAUGCUUCCACGAGGGCGGCGGCAGCGGGUCCGAGGCGGAUGGCUGCCAGAGCCUCAUGGAAUACGCAUGGGGAAGGGCAGCCGCCGCCACGCUCUUCUGUGGCUUCAUCAUCCUGGUCAUCUGUUUCAUCCUGUCCUUCUUUGCCCUCUGUGGACCCCAAAUGCUCGUCUUCCUGAGAGUGAUCGGAGGCCUCCUAGCCCUGGCUGCUGUGUUCCAGAUCAUCUCCCUGGUCAUUUACCCCGUGAGGUACACCCAGACCUUCACCCUUCACCUCAACCCUGCUGUCAAUUACAUCUAUAACUGGGCCUACGGCUUUGGGUGGGCGGCCACGAUUAUCCUGAUCGGCUGUUCCUUCUUCUUCUGUUGCCUCCCCAACUACGAAGACGACCUCCUGGGCAAUGCCAAGCCCAGGUACUUCUACACAUCCGCCUAAGGUGGGGAUGGAAGCCUGCUCCCGUGAUAGAUUGCAGAAGAAGAAACUGUUUUCCCCAGAAGACUUUGAACCUGUUGGGGGCAUAUUGUUUGUAUCAUUAGACUAGACAACAUGCUAAAAUAAUUGGGAAGAAAAUAUUUCUUAUAUGGUGUUAUAGUUUCAUAUUCAUCUUUUAUAUAUGUUUUAUAGGGUUAAAGAAAACUUACUUUUUUUAACUAAUUACCUAUAAUAUGCCAAUAUUUUCUUAAUAUUUGUCCAUACAAUUUAUACUGCAUUUAUAAAAGAAUGUUAAUAUGAAACUUAGCAUUUUAUAAGGUCGAAAUGAGAAGGCUUUAAAGAUUUAAGUAAUCUGAUCAAGUGUCUGUUUUCCCCAGAUUAAAUGGACUGGGUCUAUUAAGGGAAAAAGAGAAGAGGGAAAUAUUGGUAUAAAUUGUCAGUGACCAAAUAUUCUAAAAGAAAUGUAAAAAAUAAAUAUUUUUCCAGACUUCAGCUACUUAAAGAACCAAAAACGUUUUCCAAACACGUCAUUUGUGAGAAUUUCUAAUUAAUAUCCCAAGUAAUUAAUUUUUUGCAAAGCAUCACGUUAGCUUGAUACGUCAUUUAGGAAAGUAUUCUUUCAUGGCCAAAACCUGUUGCAGUAGUGAGGUCUUCUUAUGCAGGGAAAUGCUAAGAUGAAAUUUUCUCUUUAAAAGUGGUUUGCAGGGUUGGGGUGUGGGAAAAUGAUAUAUUAAUCUGUACUGUCUUGUGUCUAUAUGUUCAGGACCAGAGUAGAUUGUGUUGAAAGACGGAUAGGGUCUAACUCCUCGUGACUGAUGGAGAUGAUUCGGUCGUACAGUAAAGCAUUUGGAAGGCCAUUCCUAUCACAAAAGUAAUACUAAAAACAACCUUAGGAGAAGAAAUGGCUUGAAUUUUUCAUCUCAGUCGAGCAGGCUCUACUCAUAUAGACACAGCUUCUGAUAGAUUUCAACUUUAAGGCACAACUUAACUAUAGUUAAAAACCUGGUUUUCCUUGGUAAACCGAUUUAAACUAUCUGGUAUAAAACAUGCAACAAGAGAAUUCAGGGAUGUGAAUUCUCUGAGUGGGAAAUAUGAUAUAUCAAAUGGAUUAUUAUUUUUUUUUACCAUUUGUACUUACAUAAUGAAAACCAAUUCAUUUGAUAUAUCAAAGUAUUAUUUUGUAAGUUGCAGAAUAAGCAAUUGUAGUUUUUAUUAUGAAUUUUCCCUAAUAAACCAGAUAUGCUAAUCUUG